AUGCGCUUCUUCGCCCCUCUUCUCACGGCCCUGCCAUCCCUCCAGACUGUCUCUACCAUCCCACAACCGACGUCGUCCUGCGCCACCCCAACAGCCACGGUCACCGCGAUCCGACAGCACCUGCACUGCGGCCGCUAUGUCUGCCCCCCUCCCAGCUCGGUCUGCGUCGCCGGCGAGCCCACAGGCCCAACACCCAGGCCGCCGUACGUGUUCAUGACGGCCACCCCGGCGCCGCAUGCCUGCACCGUCACCGCCAACGCUAUCGACAACCCGGGCUGUAACCUGUGCCCGACUUGCCAUGUCCCUGCCGGUGGUGCAUCCGUGGCUCGUGCUACGUCUACGUUUUCUGGUUAG